GAACGAGCAAGAUUCCUCAUCACUGGACUUCUCUCUGCUAGUGGAGACACCACCUCUGGAAGCUUGUUGUGGACUUUGUGCUACUUGGCAGAGUACCCGGAUGUGCAGCGCAAGGCGCAAAUUCUGCUCGACGAUGCGUUCGGCCAACUGGACGGUCCACCCACCUUUGACUCGGAGAGAGAGCAAGCGGAAGCGUGGGCAUACAUUCGAGCCAUCGUCAAGGAGCAAUCUCGUUUAUCGCCCGUCAGUCCGACCAACGGUCCGAGAAGGUGCGACGCGGAUGAUGUGUACAAGGGAGUCUUGAUACCCAAAGGAAGCAUCGUCUUCAUCAAUGCUGGGCAUAUCCUGCGAGAUGCUAGGGUGUACGAUGAGCCGCUAAGGUUCAAGCCUGAGAGAUGGUUGGAGGCGGAUAAUGCCGCAUCUGUCGGUGAUCUGCUGCACGAUGUGUGGCCAUUCGGAUUUGGGCGCAGAGGUUGUCCCGGAAUCUACUUGGCCACUCAAGCCCUUCCGAUGGCCUUGAUGCACAUUUUGCUAAAUUUCAAUAUU